CAGACCAUUGUGUUUCGGGUUCGGUAAAGACCCAUCCACAUUGGCCCGUAGCCACUCGGGCUCACGCGAUUAAGACUCGCAUUCAACCCCUGCCAAGUAUUGCUUGCGAAUCCUUUGCACCGAUCAGCUCGCAGAUUCGGCCAUGGCGUUGUCGAUGUUCUGCGAGUUGCAGGCGGCUGGUUGCAUCGCGCUUCUAGCAAGCCUCGUCCCCGUGACUCGCGCGUAUCGUCAGAAUGCGUUGGCGCUGGAGGGGGAUUCGCGCCGUGGCCUCGAUGCAGCCAAUACUGCUCGCAGCAACGGCAGCGUCAGCCAAGAAAAGAGCCUUGCAUGCUGCUGCACGAGGGGCGGUGACGUUUACGAGAACCCAUCUGGAUUACGAGGCUAUUGCCCAAAGGAGGCGUGCAUGGAGCAUGGCAUGGAAGUCUGGGACGUGGACGGGUGCUCCAAAUUGUACGCGUGCUGGAAGCGCCGGGGCUGUGGCACCAUUGGGUUGGGAAUGGGUGCGGGCGAUGGACCUUCAGAUGCAAUAGCACCGCCCGAUCCGCCCAGCGUUUUUGACCCAUUCAAAGGGAAAGACUUUUAUUGUCCCAGCGUGUGCGACUUGGGCUGUUGCCAGAUGACCAAGUCCGUCUGGGGCAACUGCAAGAACGAUCGAUGCACGCAGUGGAAGUGUCUCACGAGCGAGGUCCACGGUGAUGGUGAGGUCAACCGCAUAAUGGCUGAGCACGAGGAGCAUAACGAGGCGGAGGACAAGCAUGCGUGCGAGGCUGUAACGACGAAGCAGAAGGGUAGCAAUGGCUACAAGACGUAUUGCCAGUUCACUGAGGCAGAGACGAGGCAGGAGCCCUGGAAUCAUGGUCGGAAUGCCAUCUUCGUGGGAGGCUUGGACUAUGCUGAUGAGUGCAAACCCGCGCUGGACGCUGCAUCAGGCUGGUAAGUAGACGCACGGACCCUCAAAAGCUGCAGCGAGGAGAAGAUACAGGAAUCAUUAAGCUUAGCUUGGUGUUUGUCCGUAGCUCUCGUCUGCAACUUGUGUGGAGACGCCAGCCCAGAUGAUGACAUUUCUCUGGGAGUUACAUGCGAGAUGCCGUUCCGUGCCAUGUUCCGUUCCGUGCCAUGUGGCAGUCCGUGCCGUGCUACCAACGCGAGGGCCCGGGGGACGCCUGUUGCCAUGCCGUGUGCCGUGCUGUGCCGCGAGCUGUCGUGUUACACCUCCCGUUCGUAGAUCCGUGGGCUGCGUGCCGGGGCGCCGCUUCUCGAGCGUGUGGGGUGCGCGUGCCCGGCCGCCCCCUGUUUCCGCACGUGCUGUUUUUUCAAACGUCUCGGCAGCGGGAGCACGACGAGGUGCUGGCGUCUGGGUUUCGCGCCUGCGCUCCGCCAGCUCGCGGUCUGGGCGCUGGCGGGUCCCACUCGCGCUCGGUUCUGGGGUGCGCUGCAGCGCCGCAGAAGCGGGGGGGCAGGACCCGUCACGCAGGCAAGUCUGGAAGAGGGGCCAAGCCGCCCGCGGUCCGAAAG